UAACGUAAUUUAAAAUUACUUAUUUCAGAGUUUUAAGACAAUGUUUCACUUUUAAACGAAAUAUUCUCGAACAAUAAGAGAAGUAUCGGACAGUCCUGAAGUAUUAUUCAACUAUUUCUAGAAUCAAACUAAAGAGGGUUUAACAAGUUACUAAAAUGGGCAUCUCAGGACUAAUUCCCUUCCUGAAAAAUGCUACCCGUGACGUGCAUAUUCGAGAGUUUAAAGGUUGUACUGCUGCCAUUGAUGUAUACUGCUUCCUUCACAAAGGAUCCUUUGGUUGUGCGGACAAAUUGGCUCAGGGGAUACCAACAGAUUUCUACAUAACCUAUGUUAUGAAGUAUGUUAACCUACUUUUAGCUCACAACAUCAAACCAAUAUUAGUUUUCGACGGUCGGAACCUGCCAAGCAAAUCAGAGACUGAAAAGAAACGACGACAAAACCGAAAAGAUAACAAAGAAAAGGCGGUGCAACUGCUCAGCGAGGGCAAGAUGGCCGAGGCCCGGGAAUAUUUUCAGCGCUGUGUUGAUGUUACUCCAGCCAUGGCCAGAGAAGUUAUUCAGGCAUGUAGAACUAGGAAUGUGGACUGUAUUGUGGCUCCCUAUGAGGCAGAUGCACAGUUGGCAUUUUUGAACAAGACAAUAGCUGACAUUGUUAUAACAGAGGAUAGUGAUUUGACACUCUUUGGUUGUGAUAAAAUAAUCUUUAAACUGAAAGACUCGGGAGAGGGUCUGUUGUACGAAAAAAGACUUCUCAAUCAAGUAUUUGGGAAUCAGGCAGAUAGUUUUAACUUUGAUAAGUUCAGACAUAUGUGCAUUCUUUCAGGAUGUGACUACCUUUCUAGCCUGUCUGGGAUAGGACUAAAGAAAUCUCAGCUGUUUUGGAGCAAAGUUUCAAAUCCAAAUCUAAAAGUAGUUUUACCAAAACUGCCGGUAUAUUUAAAGAAGCCAACUUUGACGGUUUCCCAGGAUUAUAUUAAUGGAUUUAUUCAGGCGAACAAUACAUUCCUUUAUCAACUAGUUUAUGAUCCUAUCACAAGGAAAGAAAGGCCUCUAACUGAGUAUGGCAGUGGAGUUGAUGCAGCGGAACUGGACUAUUGUGGACAGUAUUCUGAUCCUAAUACAGCUUAUCAAUUAGCGCUGGGUAACGUUGACCUUCACACAAAGCAGCAGAUGACCUGGUUUGACCCUGAUCAUGUGACCUCUACCUCCAACUCUAAGUAUGGAAGUAAAGCCAAGCAUAAAUCCAUGUGGAGCAAGGGGUUUACUAAGUCCUCCAUUUCCCCUUUUUCUGACAACCGGGAGAUUCACAAACCAAGAGAGAUUGUUGUCCGAACAAACUUCAAGUUCAAAUCUCCAAGAAAAUCCAUCAAGUCUGAAAAUUGUGAAAUUCGGGGGGAAAAGAGGAAGUUGGAAACUUACACGCAGCUGGAGGUGGAACAGAUCAUUUUUAGCGAGGAUGAGGAUAAAGAAAAGAUGCCCCUGAAGAAGGUGAAGAGCUCAAUGUGUGCCCUGAGCAACGAGGAAAGGGAGGAGGAGUUGAGUCCCAGCAAACCCUACACCCGAAUACUGGGGGACAAUAAACUAGAUAUUAAAAACAAUCUCAGUUCCUAUUUCAACGGAAAGGAACCGACCAAGCAGGAAGUUAAAGAACUACUUCUCAUCAAAGAAAAGCGAAGUUUAACUGAUCCUAAAAAUGCUGGCUCCUGGUUCGAUUCUCUCAACAAGUCGUCAACGUUAGAGGGUAAAUUUAUCUACAGAACAGAUGAUAAGGAUGACAAACCUGACAAAGAGCACGGAGUACUGGCAGACAUUUCCAAUUCCCCGCCAUUUUCAACACCAAGCAUUGGCGCCAUUUCUCCUAAUUCCAAACCCAACCUCGGCGCCAUUUCUCCAACUUCCAAACCAAAUCUGAGUGCUCUUCAAGCAUUUCAAAGGGAUAAAUCAAGAAACCCUUUUGCUGUAAAGAAACCUAUAUUUAAAGAUUCUGAAAAGGAACCUGAAGGCAACCCUUGUCCGAUAUCUGAACCAAUAGGACGCGAGGACGCCCCAGGAAUUGAUAGAGAGGACUUACAGGACAAUGAAGAAACAAGUUUGAGUGAACCUAUGCAGCAGUUGCUAGAGCUUAGUAAACGAGAGACAGAGCCUUCAGUUCUAGUUCGGAAAUCCUGCUUUCUUACCUCCAGUUCUGCUAGAGUGGGACUGUCCCGCCCAUCUGGGCCAGUCAAGGCAGGGCUAACCCGCCCCUCCAUUUUUAAACAAGGAACUCAAACUACAGUUAUUCCCACAGGAUCAGGAGUUCGCCCAUCAGGACUUCACAAGAAAGGGUUGAAAGGUGUGUUACCUAAACCUGCAAACCAGCCAACUUUAUUUCAAAUGUUUGCUAAAGCCAGCAAGAAAGCCGAGAUAUAAGACUGAUUAAAAACUAUUCCGUAGAUAUUAAAUAUUUUAUUCUGUACUCCGUAAGUCCGUAUGUAGCAAGAUUGUUUUGAGGAUUCACUAAAAGAAACUUUUAUUUAAAUGUACUUUAAGCGUGCAUAAUUGUUUGGAAAAUAAUUGACUAAAUGCCAGUGAAUUUCGUCCUAAAAUAAUAAUUUUUGCAUUCGGGCCCUUCAUAAAG